CUCUUUGUGUUCGAGAAAAUUACAUUUUACUAAUCGACUCGACACUGAUGCAAAAUGUAACAAUACAAACAAAUAAGAACAAUGUAGUUAGCUGUGCAGUCAAUUUUGUUUAUAACUAAAAAGUAAGAGAGCAGUAAAUAUUUUAUGGUUUAGUAAAAUAUUUACAGUCGUCAAGUAACCGCGCCACGGUAAAAACAAUACACGGAACAAUGUUAAGAUAAAAUGUUUUUAUUAAUUUUACUGGUUCUAUCAUCACCAGAUUGGACUCAGCAGCAUUUGACUUAUCCGGUGGACUAUUGUAAAUUGGCAGCCGUAUGCAUCCACGACAACCGCAUGGUGUGCGCGACCACGGAGGACGGGUGCAGCCGACGAACGUUCAUCGAUCAGUGCGACAUGUACGAAUAUAACUGCGAUUUUGGAGCAAGGUACAGAAAGUACACGGGAGUGCAAACUGCGACUUGUAAGGGGAAACAAGAUUUUCGAUGUAAUUAAUUUAAUUUAUUAUAAUUUGUUUAUGUAAUAAAUUAAUUGGGAAAUUAUAUCUGUUUUACUCCAAACAUAAUCCUGAUAAUAGUUUUUAAAUCGCCUUAGUACCUGUAGCUUACUAGACACUUGAGUGUGUUGUCAAUUCUAGUUUUGUUCCGUUGCACUUAGCAACAAUUUUCGAAUGAGAGCU